GACGUCUCAUUAAUUUUCUUUUUUGGCACACCGAUUAAAAUGAAAUUACAUAGUGUUUUACAUACUAAAAUAUUCUUACCGGCUAUUUAUAGGUUAAUACGUCCUGUAUGGCGCGAUUGGAUGAUUGGAUGGUAUACUGGGGAAGAAAUAAAACAUGAAGAAGACGGUGUUUUCAUAGAUAUGGAAACGCCGGAGUUUAAAACACCAGACUAUAGAGCUAAGAGAAAGUAUUCCAACGUUGAAUUGUUAAACUCUCAUAAAAUAGUUGCUUAUGGAGCUCCGGUAAAGUACCACUUGGAGGAUAUAUUACCAUAUUUGAAGUUAUUACCGGUAACGUGUAAUGCGCAUCAUAUACAAGGCGAAAUCGAUAUACUUCAUUCACUUUACGAAGAUAUUCAAGAAGAACCACUCGAGGUUUUUAUUUUUAGGAAUGGUGUAGCCGUUUUCUGGAACUGUAAUAACGAAAACAUCGACUAUGUAAUGGCUAUAUUAUCUGCGUUUCAAACUGUUGGUUAUAAUAUUAAAAACCGGAUCAUUUCCGACAUCACCUACUAUAAAGCUUCUAAAACUCAACAUAGUUCUGUGGGAACUGACGGAAUAUUUAUAAUUCCACAUAAAAAUAAUUUCUACGAAAAGUAUGCUACUUCUUGCAUGCUAGCGACUUCGCUUAGUUUGACGAUAUGGCAAAAAAUUGUAGAAAACAACUUGGAAAUUAUCCUAGAAAGAGCUGCUCGUGAUAUUAAUAUGGGGUGUACCAUAUCAGCAACAGAGCGAGACAUCGAACAGUUAAAUAAGAAUUUAUCAACUGUUAUAUAUUUCAUGGAAAUUAACGACCAAGUUUAUCAGCCUGCAAAUGAAGAUGGCAAAAGAAAUGUAAACCAAUAUCAUAGGGAUCUGUGCAUACUAAGUAGUAUAUCGAGAAGAAUAAAAAAUCUCGAGAAACACUUAUAUAAUUAUAAAGAAAUUUGCGGAUUAAUCGAAGUAUUUUACUCGUACAAAUCGCACACAUAUGUGUUAAUAAUGUACUACAUGAUUACAAUUUCUACUUUACUGUUGAACAUACUGAAAUAUUUUAAUAAAAUACAAGAAACUGAAGCUGAAAAGUUACAGAAAAAAUUAGCACUACAAAAUAAGCAAAAAUAA